AUGGGAUUGUCCUAUAGCUCGGGAAUUCCGAAUAUAAAGAAAGAUAGAAUCCUCGCAUUCAUAGAAAAGGACAUAUUCGUGCUGAACAACUACGAAACGGUUCCCUUUAAGAACAAGAACCAUGCAAUAGAGUGUCUAAUUCCUUACCAUAUUUUCCACUUGACAGCCGAUGAUAUAAAGUUCAGAGGAUCAGAUGUUGAAAUAGAUAUCAGAACGGAAAUAGAUGUGAUGAAAACAAAGAUUAGCAAUAUGAUCAAGGAACACACAUUUGAUGAUGAAGGAUUUACGCCGCAGCUUCUACUUUAUCACGAGCAGAGAAUCCUGAAUUCAAUAGCCCAGCAGGCCAAGGCAGCUCAGCCAUCUAAGAGAAAGAAGUAUGCGGCCGACAAGAGGUUUCUCAAAGUUAGAAUUCCCAGAACUGAUCUUUAUCGCGUGCAUGGGGAUUUUCCAAAAUUAAGGAUUAAAAUAGACAAAGACUGA